UUCAAUCAUCUGUUUCUCGUCAGUCAGUUGUUUCCCUCUGUUCUGUUCCGUGGCUGUAUUCGUUUCGUCGAAGUGUUGCUAAACAUUCAUAACUAACGCUGCCCUAGCGAUGGAAACGUACGAGAGUGUGCUGCUGGUGAAACCGGAAGUUUUUGUGUUCAACAUACCGCCCCGAUCGACGAAUCGAAAUUACAGAGCUGCUGAUUGGAAUCUCGCCGCUCCAUCCUGGACGGGCCGGAUGCGUCUGGUCGCCAAGGGUAAAGAGGUCUGCAUUAAAUUGGAAGAUAAAAACUCUGGCGAAUUGUUUGCGAAAUGUCCCAUCGAGACGUAUCCGGGCAUCGCGCUGGAAACUGUCAGCGACUCGUCGCGAUACUUCGUCCUUCGGAUACAGGACGACAACGGACGUACAGCAUUUAUCGGCUUAGGCUUCGGUGAUCGGUCGGAUUCGUUCGAUUUGAAUGUCGCGCUGCAGGAUCACUUCAAAUGGGUGAAGAUGGAGCAGCAGAUCAGCCAGGAGCCUGCUGGUGGUGGUCCAUCCUUAGAUUUGGGCUUCAAGGAGGGGGAAACUAUUAAAAUUGACAUGAAAAUUACAAAACGUGACGGUGAAUCAACGAAAGCAAAGAAUCGCCCAACAGGCGGUUUGGGUUUAUUACCGCCGCCACCUGGCGGUAGUGGUAGACUACCAGCACCACCGGGUAGUUCUCCAGCAGGUUCACCUGCGCAUGCGCCGAAAACAGCCGACAGUGGCGCUGCCGAAUCAUGGGGUGAAUUUACAUCAGCGGGCGCAGCCAAUGCACCGACGCCGGCGCAACAGCCGUCACCAUCUGCGAACGCCAACUGGGUGCAGUUCUAAUCCUCCAUCGCCAACGGCCCACCUCUAGCAGAUGUAAGUAAUAAGAAUUGCACAUGAUUUCAACAUAAAACAAAAACACAAACAAAGCAAUCCCAGUCGUACUAAGAAAACAAAGAAGAAGAAAGCAAAAACAAACGAAAAUUAAAUUAAGUAGCAGAAUAUAAAGAAACAAACCAAUAACUAAUAAGUAACAAUGUUAGUGUAGUGGUAGUGUAGACAUAGAAUUAAUAACAUUUUACUUGUCGUUGUUGUUUUGUUUUUGACGAAAUUGAAUGUUCAACGCCAGAAUGACGUGUUUCCUGCGUUUUUCUUCAGUCAUUGAUCGGCUCAGAGUAUGCAACACUCCGAACACAUCAAUAUAAAUAAAAUUGAACAUAUAACACGCAUUCAAUAAUAAUUUCGAAUGUUAACGUUAGUUUAGUCUACAAAAAACCAACAUUCGAUCAUAUCAAUUUAAUCGAAAUCAAUAAUUGAACACAUUUGACUCUGACUCGAAGUUUGUAAGAUGUUGCAAGAAUAGUUCUUGUUCAAGAUACAAAAUAUAAAAAUUAUAUGUGCUUGUUAAGAUGAAUAAGAUUCAAGUUUAAAAGAAGUUGUUAUAGAUUUUGAAUAUGUGUGUGUGUAUGGACAGCACACUCACAUGUGUUUUUACUGCGUCUUACGUUUGUCUCUCUUUGUGUCGCGUUUGCAUUUGUUUCUGUUCCUUUGUUCAGUUUGUGUAAUGUGAAUGAGAGUAUGGUUUUCAGCGGGCGAAUAACACUUGUACGUUAUAAGUAAAUAGCACAUAAGUUACGAUUACAUUCCAAAUAUUGUAAUGUAUAGCGAUAUAUAAAUAGUCUGUAAGAAUGCGGAUAUGAUACUAAUUUGUGAAAUUAGUUGACUUUGUUGCAAUAUUUACAAGUUAUAUAUUAUUUCAAGAAAA